AUGAUUCUAACAAGAAAGACGUCUGCCUACACAACGAAAGUUCUCCUUCAGAUAACGAUCUUGUUCGAAGAAGAUCCUCAGUUUGAAUACGUUGCUCAGAGUAAUAAAGAAAUCGACUACUCUUUCAUAAGUCCGGAAAGGGGUGAUUCCGGAGUUUUUGAACUGGAUGAGAUGACAAAACUUCUGAGAAAAGAGAAUUUGGAUCAGAUUGUUUGUCUAAAGCUUCCGAAGACGGCCUGCCUCGGUGACUUCAUGAUUAUUGCAAACGCUAAGUCAAAAAGACAUCUCAGCCAAACUACGACUGUUAUUCAAAAAUUGUUCAAAAUGAAAAGAAACCCAACGGACCCCCUGCCUGUAUUUGAAGGGCUUCGAGAAAAUUCUGAUUGGGUAGCAACAGACCUGGUAUGUUCAAGUCUUGUUUUAAGCCAUGAAGCUCAUUCAGACUAUAUUUGUGAUAUUACAUUUGCAGGAAACAUCGUCCUCCACUUAUUCUCUUCAUCAGCUACUCGCGAAACCUACAGCUUAGAGUCCCUUUGGGGGGCUGGUCCGGAAUUCGAUGAGCAGACACAGGGCUUCAAGACAGUUUCCUCUGAGACCGAUGGCGCCGCUUUGGGCCUCCUAUCACAAACAGACUGGGAGCAGAUUAUUGCUGAAGUCCGCGCACGAAAGGCUACCGAAACCUCAGGUACUAAGAAAUGA